UUGGUGGUGGUGGUGGUACGUACGAUGAAGGAUCCAUAAUCCACCAAAAGUCAAAUAACAUUCGCCAGAGACAAGACGGAAUUCGUCCGUAGGACGUAGAUUUUCCCAAAUUUUGGGCAGUUAGUUUUAGAUGUAAUUUGUGCAAUUGCGUCGUUUAUAUUGAGGGUGGUUGGGUAAACAUCGGGAACGCGGUGAAUUAGUGUGGAUUCCGACGAACGGUAAAAGGUUUCGAAGGGAUCAAGUUUCGUUCGAUCAGCUCAGUUAAGUCAGGGAACCUUAGGUAGGGGUGCUUAGGAGAAAAGAACGCAAGGCAACCCGUAGCAGGCAGCAGUGAUACGGCCAGCAAGAUGAAGAAGAAGGUGCUACUGAUGGGCAAAAGUGGCUCUGGCAAGACCAGUAUGCGAUCGAUCAUCUUUGCCAACUACAUUGCCAGAGAUACAAGGCGGCUGGGAGCGACAAUCGAUGUCGAACACUCGCACGUGCGCUUCCUGGGCAACUUGGUCCUCAACCUGUGGGACUGCGGGGGCCAGGAAUCGUUUAUGGAACAGUACUUUGCUUCCCAGAAGGACAACAUCUUCCGCAAUGUGGAGGUCCUCAUCUACGUGUUCGACGUGGAGAGCCGCGAGCUGGACAAGGACAUGCACUACUACCAGUCCUGCUUGGAGGCGAUCCUGCAAAACUCGCCGGAUGCCAAGAUCUUCUGCUUGGUACACAAAAUGGAUCUGGUUGCCGAGGAUCAGCGUGAUAUUAUCUUUAAGGAGCGCGAAGAGGACCUGAAGCGACUGUCGAAGCCGCUGGAAUGUACCGCUUUUCGGACAAGCAUCUGGGACGAAACGCUGUAUCGAGCGUGGAGUAGUAUCGUAUAUCAGCUGAUCCCGAACGUCAAAGCUCUGGAGCAUUCGCUGAAUUACUUUGCCAAUGUGGUGGAUGCCGACGAAGUUCUGCUGUUUGAACGAGCUACUUUUUUGGUGAUCUCACAUUGUCAACGAAAGCAGCACAGGGAUAGCCACCGGUUCGAAAAAGUGUCCAACAUAAUCAAACAGUUCAAAUUGUCCUGCUCGAAGUUGGGUGCAAAGUUCUCCUCCAUGGAAGUGCGGAACAGCAUAUUCGCGGCCUUCAUUGACACGUUCACUAGCAACACGUACGUCAUGGUAAUCAUGUCGGAUCCUUCAAUUCCCUCAGAAGCAACCCUGAUCAACAUCCGGAACGCUAGGAAAUAUUUCGAAGAACUGGAGAAUCCGAACAGCAUGAACGCUGCCAAUGCCAUCCAUUCGGCGCACGCAGCUCGAGGAAUGGUCAACGGAGGGUCUUCCCACUACUACAGCCACCACCCGCAUCAGCAUCAACAGUUGCCACAACAGUUCCUUCAGCAGCAACAACAGCAGCAGCAGUACCACAACGCCAACAAUCCGUAUCACUGAUAUUUAAUCAAGAAGAAGUACUUUUAUUUCAAAUAACCCUUCCACGCUGCUGCUGGCUGGUUAGAGGUCUGUUAUAGCUGCACUGUGAAUAUUCUUCCCCAAUUCUUCUCCUCACAAACGGACAGCUAAGCCCCCAAAUCGCCCAAUGCGUUACAACUACCCCUAGAGCUGUUAUCAAUCAAAUCGAAUCUGUUUGGCGACGUAAGAAAAGCCAGCGACAGAGAUCGAAUCGGAUUUUCCUUAGUUUAUUCAAUUGUUAUGUUUUAGAAAGAGAGCCUAGCGUACAAGUCUUUAACCAAGAGAGAAAAAAAAAAUCAAACAUUAACCUUAUCGAAAUCCAGUCAAACGGAGCCCAAACAAGAAACGGCUCCGAAAAGCUACCAAGUGGCCAUGUUGCUAGAAACGAUUGACUUUUUUCCGCUUCCGCAAAUUUGUUGUUAGCAAUGUCUUUUAUUCUCAAUCUGUCUCCCUUAACUAUGUACGACAAACAACGACUUGUAGAGAACCAACCAAUCAACCAACUAUCAAAUCCAAUUUGUAGAAACAGAACAAACCUUAUUACUGUGUAGAGAAAAAAAAAAAUAAAA